AUGUUCAGCUCCCUUACCCAGGAUCUUGGAUGCAAUGCAACCAGCAGUGUUGGCUUGAAUGAUGACACAAACCUCUCCAUUGUGACAUUGACUAGUAAGCCCUUUCUUCCCUCAGAGGAAAAGGAAUGUGAACCCAGCAAACAGCUGGGAGCAUUCACCAACAAGUAAGCAAGUGUAUUUAUUUCUUUUUCUGAUCUGCUCAACUGAGUCUCUAUGGCUGAGUCCAUCAGUUCCUCAGUAUCUGGUCUAAUACUUUUAUCCACAAAUGUGUCAGAAUCAUUUAGUACAUGACUAGGUCGCCUUGGUAAUUCUACUUAUUUACAGUCCCAUGUUUCUGAGAUACUAAAUAUAAAUGUAACAAAUCUGUUUGGCAUGUUUAAUUAUGGAUUAUUUCUAUGCAAAUCCCAAGAAACCAAGAGAUGGAAGUAGGGAUGAUUCCCUACCCAAAACAAUAGCAUACUGCUAAGGGAUACAAGACAGGGCCAAGGAAAGGGCAGUGCUGAAGACAGCGAGUAUUAUUCUACAACCAUGGUCAGCUACCUUACCCAUUGUGUUCAGGAUCUUAGAUACUAUACAACCAGCACUGUUGGCUUGAACGAUGACACAAACAUCUCCAUUGUGACAUUGACUAGUAAGACAUUUCUUCCCUCAGAGGAAAAGGAAUGUGAAACUAGCAAAUGGCUGUGAGUGUUCACCAACAAGUAAGCAAGUGUGUGAGCUUUCUGUAGGGAUCAGCUGAGCCUCUUAUAAAAGAAGUAUACUGCCCAGAUCAAGAGAAAUAAUAGUACCACUCUAUUCUGCCUUGGUCAGAUCCCACCUGGAGUCCUGUGUCCAGUUCUGGGCACCACAGUUCAAGAAGAAUAUUGACAACCUAGAUGGUCUGCAGAGAAGGGUGACCAGUAUGAUAGUGUCUGGAAACCAAGUCUUGUGAGGAACAGUUGAGGGAAUUGGAUAUGUUUAGCCUGGAGGAGAGGAGAACUGAUAUGAUAGCCACCUUCAAAUGUCUUAAGGGCUGUCACAUGGAAGAUGGAGUGAAAUUGUUUUCUGCUGUUCCAGAGCAUGGGACCUGAACAAGUGGAUUCAAAUGAUUCUGAUGAAGCAUUUGGAAGAAAUUUCCAAUAGUAAGAGCUAUUCAGCAGUGGAACAGGCUCCCUCGGGAGGUGGUGGACUGUCCUUCCAUAGAGGUAUUUCAAGAGAGGUUGGAUGGUCAUCUGUCAGAGAUUCUUUAGCUGUGCUUCCAACCACAAGGCAUAUUGGUUUUCACAUUCCCAGUGCUGACUACUGCUUUCCAAACAUUUCGUAUCAAAAUCUGAAUUGGUUGUCAACUUUUCUUUUUACAAAGACACUAGACUGUCUUUUAUACUUCCUUCUCUUAAAGGAACUAGAAGAGCUGCCUAUGGAACCAAAAUGUAUAGGUCUGGGUUCUGCAAGGAUCUUGGACUGCGUAGGCUUGAGCUAUUUACUAUCUAAAUUCCAUGGUUAGGGUGUAAAACAAGCAUAAAGUCAGCAUAAAGUUUAAAAGGUGAAGGGUUUUUGACCACCAAUGCUGUUCCCCCCCCCCAGCUAAUAUCUUGUGAUCUCUAAUUAAUCAAGUUGUAAUAACAUCACCAUCUCUAUAAAACCUGAUAACUUCUGUAUGUACACAGAACUCUCUACCGAUCAGCUCAGAAGAGAGUCUGGCAGUUAGGGUCCUCUCCAAUACAGUUGCUUUGUUUUUAAUAGGGUAUUGGACAGACUUCAACCCUAAUCACAAUGUGAAGGCUUGAUUCCACCACAACUCUAUAUGCCCUAGUUUACACGUAAGUCAACCCAUGGUUUGAUGUGAAUGCAUGAGUGUGGAAGCUGCCAGAUUGAGGCCACUUUGUUCAUCCACAAGUCCUGCUGUGAGUAAGCCAUGCUUUGGCUUAGCAUGUUGCCUGAGCUUGAGCUCGUGAGUUGUUUCCUCCAGAAAAACCUUGAGCUAUAAACUGGAGACAAACCUUAUUUGUGGCAUGUAGUUUGUCUGGAGCAGGAGAAACUAUGAGCCCAGUUUCCAGUGACACUAAACUGAAGCAUGGCUUAAGCCAUCUCACAGCAAUGCAACAGCAGGAGGACCAAAGCCAGCCGAAAAUCUGCAAGGCAAAAUAUUUGAAGUUCACCAGUAAGGCAUCACUGACAUUCUAAAUUCCUGACCCUCAUACAGGAACACUGCUCAUGUCGUGAACAUCGGUCUUCAAGACUGGAAUGCCUAA